UUUUCUUUGUUUUUCCUGCUUGGAGGAGAUCCCAAAUCCGACAGAAUCUGGAAAAAAAAAUAAAACCCAGUCUCUUCUGCAUUGGCAGCAGCGUUUGUCCACCCUGUGCACCGAUUCAAUGACCGUGCUAGAACCGACUUUAGUGCUGGACUCGAUUAUCUAACGACAAUAUCGAUGUAUUAGGAAUUUGGCUUUGACUUAUUUGCUUUCGACCAGAUUCACAGUGAUUCGUGUACAAGUAGGCACAACAACAGAUUUUUCAGGCAGGCAAGGGGAUUCGGAAAUUAACAGUCCAACUAAAAAGCAAAUUCUAUCUAGCACCACACCAUAAUUAAAUUUCAAAAACCUGUUUCACCCCCAAGUUGAUUACCUUUCCCAACCAUUUUUCGUUAUUGCAAUUGGUUUAUUUUACGACGCAAAAACAAAAAACACAACCACACUCACUCCAGACUGCAAAAACUGUUUGCAGACGAGCGAUAUCGAUCACACACAACCUUUAUAUGGGCAGCAGUGCCACUACUACCGGACCCUAAAUAAAAUAAAACGAAAGGAAGGCAGUGUGGUGCUAGGAGGCAAACAGAAACACGGACGCCCACACCCCCGAAGGCGUAAAAUAAAAGUCAGUAAUACGGCCGUAGGGAAAAAUGUCUGUGAGACUGUUGACCGUGCGACUGAUCAAACAUGGUCGCUACAUUCUGCGCAGCUACUGUCAUCGUGAGAUACACGCCAACAUUUUGGAACCAAACCCCUUGAAAACACGCAGUAAGCGAGGCUUUCCCCUACCAUCCUCCUCCGCCAAUGUAGCCCGGAAUACACCGCAGCAGGUGGUCAGGUCAGCACCACCGCCGGCCAGUGUCUUGCCUCGCAAUGGCGUCCCUCCCGCUGGGAGUGGACUGUUUCGCUUCGGGCAGCAUGCACGCAAGCUUUUCAUCGACAACAUUUUGAGUCGCGUGACCACAAACUACUCUGAGGAGCUGCGCAAGCGAGCCACUCGUAAACUAUUCUAUGGAGACUCAGCUCCGUUCUUUGCUCUAAUUGGAGUGAGCCUCGCCACCGGAUCAGGGGUCCUCAGCAAGGAGGAUGAGCUCGAGGGCGUUUGUUGGGAGAUACGCGAGGCUGCAAGCCGUCUGCAGACUGCAUGGAACAAGGACGAUAUUUCCGAGACCCUUAACAGCAACUUCACUAUCGACGACCUCGAAGUAGGAGCGCCCAUAGCCAAAGGUUGUGCGGCAGUUGUCUACGCGGCUAACUUCAAGAAAGGCCAAAAUAUACCGGUCUCAGAUCUUGGCAAUUCGGAAGUGCCCCAAAUUACAUCAGUGCAUUCUGCAGCAAGUGCGACGACUACCUGGCGCCAUGAGAUGAUGUCGCCACUACAAAAUAUGUCCCGGUUUGUGCAUAACUUUGGCGGCUCUGUGGACAGCAUCUUAACCUAUAGCCAACCCUCGGCGGCGACCGAUUUUGUGGGUGCUCUGAAGCGAGAACAGGAGCGCUUGUCCAUCCCAGAGGAUCACUCUCAGCCAGCAGACUUGUCCCCUGGCUACAAUAUGGUAAAUCCCUACAAUAUGAGCCCACUGCUGGAUACCAAACUGGAAAGCUCCAUCAGCACCUAUCCGCUGGCUCUCAAGAUGAUGUUCAACUACGACAUCCAGAGCAACGCCCUGUCCAUACUCCGCGCUAUGUAUAAGGAGACGGUACCGGCCCGCCAACGGCGCAUGAACACGGCAGCUGAGGAGUGGGAGCGCCUGCUGCAGAGCCAGACACUUGUGCUGCCUCCGCACCCGAAUAUCGUGUGCAUGUUCGGCUUCUUCUGCGACGAGGUGCGCAACUUUCCCGACGGUCAUCUGCUUUACCCGAUCGCCCAGCCACAACGGAUUAAUCCACAGGGCUAUGGCCGGAACAUGUCCCUGUAUUUACUCAUGAAGCGCUACGACCAUAGCCUACGCGGCCUGCUCGAUAACCAGGAUUUGAGCACACGCACUCGCAUCCUGCUGCUGGCGCAAAUGCUGGAGGCUGUCACCCACCUCAACCGCCACGGGGUCGCCCAUCGCGAUCUAAAGUCUGACAAUGUGCUUAUCGAGCUUCAAGAUGACGAGUCGCCCGUGCUGGUUCUAUCCGACUUUGGCUGCUGCUUGGCGGAUAAGGUCCAUGGCCUGAGGCUGCCCUAUGUUUCUCACGACGUCGACAAGGGCGGAAAUGCUGCAUUGAUGGCGCCAGAGAUUUUUAACAUGAUGCCGGGUCCGUUUGCGGUGCUAAACUAUGGCAAAGCCGAUCUGUGGGCCUGCGGUGCCCUGGCCUACGAGAUUUUCGGUAUGCGUAAUCCUUUUUACUCAAGCAGCGGCGGCCUCGCACACGAGCGCGGGGAGCUCACGUACUCGCUUCGGAACAGCGACUACAAGCAGGAGCAGCUGCCGCCUAUGUGCGAUGCGUGCCCGCCGUUGCUCCAACAUCUGGUCUACAACAUCCUCAAUCCCAACCCGUCGAAACGGGUCAGUCCGGACAUUGCAGCGAACGUGGUCCAGCUCUUCCUUUGGGCGCCCUCGAACUGGCUCAAGGCCGGGGGCAUGCCCAACAGUUCCGAGAUUCUACAAUGGCUGCUGUCGCUCACCACGAAGAUAAUGUGUGAGGGACGCCCCUGCCUGGGCGCUGGAAGCAUUAAGAUGACCGGCGGCACCAUUGGAGCCAGCACGAACGGACAGAGAGCCUACGUGGAGUAUUUGCUGAUCUGCAGCUUUCUGGCGCGCGCGCGCCUGCGUCGCAUACGCGGAGCACUUAACUGGAUCCAGAACGUGGUGGCCCCGUAGAUGCCCCGCCCCGUACACAGAUGUUUCGUUUACUUGUUACUCUGAUAAAAUCAAAUGGAAAAGCGUGUGAUACCUAUAUUUUACAUAUGUAUUUAUAAACAAUUCGAAAUUAACCGCA